AUGAACUUCUGGUUCCCGGCCGUUUGGACGGUCCGGGACCGGAGCAUUGUCGCCGGCGCGCUUUGGAACGCCAGCCACGAGACAGCCGGGAGCAGCACCGCCGCCGCCGCUGCGAUAUCGGCGUGGAGCAUCGACUUCGAGAGCAACAGAGGCAACUUCUCCGACCUGAAGUACAGGUACACGAUGGUGGAUGAGGCGAGGCAGCGCUACUUCGUAGACGUGUUGAGAAGCCACAGGAACAAGACCAAGAAGGGGCGUUUCCCGGCAACCAACUAUUCCUACCAUGACUUCGAGUUCCGUUUCUUCACGGGUAAGGGUAGCGGCGGCUCGGAGAUCGGCGAAGCCCAGCCGGUUACCAUCGGCUCGGCGAUGGUCUACGGGGACAGGCUCGCCGCCGACGCCUCCUUCUCCCGGCACGGCGAGGUCGACAUGGAGGAGCUCGGGCUGCUGCCCGUCAGCUACAACAUCCACAUCCGCCAUGUUCCUCCGAAUCUGAACCCGAUGCGUCUCAACCUGACGACCAUGGUCACUAUCGAAGAACGCGUGGUCACGGCGGAGGGCGUGUACGACCCUGCGACGGGCGUCCUGUGCAUGAUCGGCUACCAGGAGCUCGCCGGCAGCGGCUCGACGGACUGCCGGACACUGAUCACCGUGCAGUUCGUCUCGCUGGACGCAAAGGCGCGGGGCCACGGGAGAGGGGUGAUCAGCAGCCUGAGGCCCCGGGCGGACCCUCUCUUCUUCGACAGGAUGGACGUCGUCCUGUUCGGGAUGUACGCCGAGCAGGCCGCCGAGUCGGUCUCCCGGAUGGACAUGGAGAGCGCCAUGCUCGUGGCCUCCGCGACGCUGCCAUGCGUCUUCACGGCCCUGCAGAUCCUCCGCGCCAAGAGGAGCCCCGAGGCGUCCGCGGCCACGUCCAUCACCAUGCUCGUUGUCUUGGCCCUGGGCUACGCCGCCCCGCUCGUGAUCGGCGCCGAGGCCCUGUUCGUGAGCAGGGGAACCGAGUACGCGCCGUUCCUGAGGAGAUUGCCGGGCGAGCUGAGGCAGGCGAUGCUGCGGGCGCCGGCACUGAUCGCAUCGGCCGCCAGCCGGAGCAAGGCCGAGACGGCGGCGGCGGCGGAGAGGAAGGCGCUGAUCUGGGUAUGCCUGCCGCUGUACGUGCUCGGCGGCGCGCUGAUCGUCGCCGUUCACGCGUCAAGCGGGCGCGGCGCGGCGCUGGAGGAGGAUUUCCUCGCCAUACGCGUCGGCCCGGAGCCGGCCACGCUGUGGGAGGACCUCGCGUCGUCCACGGGGAUGGCGCUGGACGGGUUCCUGCUCCCCCAGGUCGCCAUGAACGCGUUCGCGGGCGGCGGGGCGAGCGCCGUCGUCUCGCCGUGGUUCUACGUCGGCGGCACCGUGGUCCGCGCGAUGCCGCAUGUCUACGACGCGAUCAGGGCCCGCGGAUACGUGCCGAGCGCGACGCCGUCGAACGUGUAUAGAGCCCCCGUGACGACCGGUUCGGCGUCACGUGGGACGUCGCCGUGCGUGCGGCGCGACGGUGCUCGCCGUGCUGCUGUUCUUGCAGCAGCGGCUUGGUGGCGUCUUCUUGUUCGGUUCGCGGAGGAGAUCAAGCGAAUAUGA